AAGCAAGAAAAAUGAUUUUGAAGGCAAAAAUACGAAAAAUAUCAAGUUCACCCUCGCUGACGCUCCAAUUCUAGGGUAGAGUUUAAGCAUCCUCUUCAUUCUUCUCAACCGUGCUGAUGACCACGUCCGGUAAUCGAACCAGAAACUGAAAUGUUAUGAAUCGGUUGACUCGCCUAGUCACCCCAUUUCACUCGCCCGAGUCGGCCCGCUUUGUUACCGCCAACUCUCUAUCUCUCCGUCGUGUCCCUAACACUUUUACCUCCACACCCUUCAAAUCAUUCUCGAUCCCUCCGAAACUGGUAAAUAAUUUUACUAUUUCCGGCAAUCGUUAUAAAUCCGAUAAUUUCCGGCCGGUGAUGGAUUCGUCGUCGCCGGAAACUGACCCACCGACCGGCGAAGAUUUCGUUCACAUUGAAAACCCUGCCGUCGUCGUGGACAGCUUAUCCGAUAGUAUUGUCCGUGUUGAUGUGCCGAGAGAAGACGAUGACGAUGACAACAUCACCGUUAGGAGGCCUCCUGAAGCAGAAGCCUCGGAGCAGAGGAGGGUUCUACCGGAUGAGCUUUCGAGGAGCGUGACAGUUCUCUCGUGUGAAUCGUCGGCUAAUGAUGGUGUUUGCGAUGUCUAUGUAGUCGGAACAGCUCACGUUUCAAUGGAAUCUUGCAGAGAAGUUGAGGCUGUAAUCAGUUAUUUAAAACCGGAGGUUGUUUUCUUGGAGCUAUGUUCGAGUCGAGUAGCUUUGCUUACUCCUCAGAAUUUGAAGGUACCAACAUUUGGAGAAAUGGUAGAAUUGUGGAAGAAAAAACACAACAUCUUUGGAAUACUUUACAGUUGGUUUCUUGCCAAGGUUGCUAAUAAGUUGGAGGUUUUUCCUGGUUCUGAGUUCCGUGUGGCAUAUGAGGAAGCUGUGAAGUAUGGUGGUAAAGUGAUACUUGGUGAUCGUCCAGUGCAGAUCACCAUAGGAAGGACAUGGGCAAAAAUGCCUCUUUGGCAUAAGAUUAAGCUGUUGUACUCUUUGUUGUUCCAAGCAGUCUUUUUACCAAGUACUGAGGAUCUGAAUAAAAUGCUAAAGGAAAUGGAUGAUGUUGAUAUGCUGACUCUUGUGAUUCAAGAGAUGAGUAAGGAGUUCCCCACUCUUAUGGAAACUCUUGUACACGAGCGAGAUCAGUGCCCAUAGACGGUUAUUGUGCUUGAAAAAAGAAAGAUUGAAGUUAAGUACUACACACCUAUAAUUUUGGAUCUCAUAAUUGAUUAAGAGUUAGCCUUGUUGGCGCUGAAAGUUUUGCUUUCUUAAAUUUCUCUUUACUUCCAUGCCCUUCUCCCAAUAUGAAAAUACUCUUUUAAAUUUGAUUUCAAAUCUCUCAUGUUCUUUCAUGAGUAUAGAAAGCAUUGGAGCUAUAGAUUCGAUAUAUGUUCCCCUCGACAUUUGGAGGGCUAUUGAAAUUAUUAUUUUUUUAUUGUUUAUUUAUUUAUUUAUUUUGGCUAACCUGAUUAUGCAGUAACUGGCUGGUUAUAGAUUGGUGCAAAGUAAAUGUUAUGGUAGUAACUUGAUCUAUCAGCAGAUCUCUCUUUGCUAUUUUUGAGUGCUUCCUUUUUAAAGGUUUUGAGUAUUACCAAUCUGACUUGUGUAUGUGUUCUGCUUGUGCAUGCAACUAUAGAACUAAGUUAUAUUUGGGACUACGUGGCAUGUUACCAUGCAGUUAGACACCAAAUAAAAGAAUGUUCCCAAUUGAGUAUCCUAAUAUAGUGUUCAAAUAUAUUUCUGAUGAAGUCCUUUUUGGCUUUUGAGUUUGCUUCAAGUUUGUUUAAUGAAUCUUCUUUUCUUGUGUUUGCGGAGGUGUUGUGGGUGCCACCCUUUUGUGGUGCCUACAAUAGUUUUUAAAUUCUAGAAUAUUUUUUUUUUUUUUUUUUUU